AUGGCCAACCGCGGGUAUGAUGUCGUGGUCGACGUGGACACUGAGGGGGACCUUGGCCAUACCGACCUGCAAGAAGACCUCGAAUUCCACCCAUCCAACUUUGAAGAAACCUCCCGCACCGGCAAACCCGCGGACAGCACUCCCUUCCUAAGCUCCCAAGGCGGCGGUGGGUCCUCCUCGCACCGCCGUGACACAUCCCCAGGCGGCACCCCGUCCAAACACCGCUUCUGGACCCUGACAUACUACUCCCAAUUCUUCGACGUCGACACCUCCGAUGUCCUCCACCGCUGCACCGCAACCCUCUACCCGCGCACAAACUUCCUAGACGUCCUCGACGGCAACCCAGAUCUCUACGGGCCCUUCUGGAUCGCCACGACAGUCGUCGUUGUCCUCUUUCUGACGGGGACGGUCUCGCAGUACCUCGCCCGCAGUGGGCGGGAACACUUCGAGUACGAUUUUCGUCUCCUGUCUGGCGCCGCGGGGCUGAUUUAUGGAUACACGGGCAUCGUUCCGAUUGCACUGUGGGGCGCUUUGAAGUGGUUUAGGCGCAGUGGCGGUGGGGUUUCCGGGUCGGGGGCGGGGGCGGGAGCAGGGAUGGGCGUGGGCGUGGGAGCGGAAGCGGGAACGGGCGCUGAUUUGAUUGAGUGCUGGGCUUUGUAUGGGUAUGCGAAUUUGGUGUGGAUUGCGGUCGCGCUGGUGAGUUGGAGUCCGUUGACGGUGUUGAAUUGGGUGCUUGUGGGGAUUGGGUUUGGGUGGACUGUGUUCUUCAUGUUGCGGAAUUUAUACCCCGUGCUCAGCGCGACGGAUGUGAAGACGAGUAAGAUGUUGUUGAUUGCCGUUAUUUUGUUGCAUGCUGGAUUGGCGAUUGCGAUUAAGAUUUUGUUUUUUGCUCACGGAAGCCCGGUAUCGGAAAAGGGAAAGGACAAGGGGAAGGAUAAGGACGAUGACUAG